AGCUGUUACUCCGAGGCGGGUGGCAUCCCUCCAGGAAUGUUGUUUUCCCUGGUGUUCAGCUAACGCUCAGCUGUGCAGUUGUGGUCUUGGCCAAGAACUCAACUUACCUGGAAGCAAUUCUGACCCCAGUAAAUUGUGAUCCAUGGCUACAGUGCUAAUAUGCCGAAGAUUUCCAAGGCUGAGCAGGGUGACUGCCUUUUCGACUACAGCCAAGUGCAAGGCCGAGAGCGGAAGCAACAAAAGUAAGCACAAAAAGGAAGAGAACCCAGAAACAGCCAACACUGGAACCGAAUCUGCGGCUACAAUCCAGUUGCUGAAUCCACUGGACUACAGAGUAUCGUACAAUCCAUCUGCCUAUGCCAAAAGCAGAGCUGCCUCCCAGCAGCACGCUGCUAGGAGCAGUGGCCAGGCUCUCGGUGACACUUUCACCAGCCCUGGCACCUCACAGGUUCAGCAUACAGUCAGUACCACCUCUUCUCAAGCUUUGCCACCCGUCAGAAAUGCCCUGCCAAAGCCCAAGCCCAGACCGCUCCUCGAGCAAACCAUCUCAGCACAGCUCUCUGCGGCACAAACCAAGGAGGAAGCAGAAAAGGAUAAAAAAGAGAUGCAUGACUCCAAGGAGGACCCUCGCAUGUUUCAGAAGGGGAGACCUGAAUACAGAUCUCUCAGCUAUGACAGGUUUGAGCUGAUAGAGGCCCUUCCUUUAGAAGAAGGUGACUUGAUUUUGCACAGUGUGGCCAUGUGGAAGGGCAGCCAGAGCCCAGGAACUAUCACAGAUUAUUUUUGCAAACUGAGUCGUUUGCCAGUGGAAAAACGUGCAGCGUUGGUGUCCGAAAUCAGGUUUAAUAUACUGUGUCGCUGGGCUGUCAAAAGCAUCAGGUUGUUCAGUACUUCAGAUCUCAUCAAUAUUUUGAAGGCUUGUGUUCGUUUGGCUGUUCCAUCCACCCACCCUCUGCUGAACGCCUGCGAGAACGAAUUCUGCAGGCGGGUGUGGGACAUGAACCUGGACCAGCUGCUGCUGGUGGCUGAUUACUGGCGCUGUCUGGACCGUAGUGUGCCUUCCUACCUGAGCAUUUUGUUCAGCUAUGCCAACAUGCACUGGAAAGACCUCACUUUGCCCCAGUUUGUUCAGCUGGUUUAUAUCAUAGGUGAAGGCCGGAGGUCACCCGCGGACUUGACGUGGAAGAUAGAGAGCAUGAUUUUGAAGUACUUGGACUCCUUCACCAUGGAGGAGAUGGGUGCUAUCUGCUUAGGGCUCUUCAAGUCCCUCAGUGGUAUCUCUGACCACGUCAUGAGAAAAAUUGGAGACAGAGUCUCCCUGCAGAUGGAGGACAUGAGCACUUAUGCUUUGGUGAACGUGCUUAAAAUGCUUCGCUAUGCUCGCAUGGACCACUUACCUGUCAUGAAGGAACUUGGGAAGGUUAUUCCCGCUCGGAUUCCUGCAAUAAACAUCCAAGGCAUCAUGCACAUCACUCUUACCUGUUCAUCCCUACACUACUUUGACGAAGGCAUUAUGGCUGCUGUAGCCAUGUCUUUGCCUUCUAAGGUGACUUACUGCCGAAGCAAAGAUGCUGCCAAGUUCUUGUGGUCAUUUGGAUGCCUGGACUAUGAACCUCCAAACGAGGAAGAGUUUUACUCCAGCCUGAUACAGCAGAUGCAUAGAAAACUCCAUGAAUUUAGGAAGUUCCCAGAGCAUCUCCUUACUGGUUUGCUUGGCCUGGCAUUUGUCAAACGCUUCCCAGAGGAGCUGAUAGACUAUGCUUUGAGGCAUGAGUUUGUCCAGAAAACAAGAAGUAGUAAAUAUGAGCUCAAAAAGGACCUGUUCACCCUUGGCAAGAGUGUUGAAAUUGAGUGCCCAAGCUACCAAGGGAAUCGCCUUCCACCUCAGUUUUAUGAAGAGGUUACCGAGAUGAUUUUGAAUUUUGCAGAGCAGGAAAUCUAUGUCAGGCCUGAAAUUAUGGAAGCCGCAUCUCUUCUCGAGAGCAUGUUAGGUGGCCCCAAGUAUGUGAAGAGCCACAUGAUCCUGCCUCACACGAGGUCGAGUGAUCUGGAGGUUCAUUUGGCCAUGGAUGGGCGUCCCAUCCCUUUCAACUUAAAAGACUCUGUUGCAGAUAAGAAACUAAAAGACAUUGGAGUUAGUCUAACAGAUGACCUAAUGACUCAGCUUAUAAAAGGCAGAUCUAAUAACCAAUCUCCUGUGGAACUGGAAAGUGAAGCCAGGACUCUGGGUCAGGAGAGAGGAGAAGUACAAACCCCACGCGCAGGGGAUCAUGCUGUGCUUUCAGGUGGAGCUCUUAUAGCAGAUGCCAGAUUGCAAGUUGAGCCUAAAUUGGGGCGCUGUCUUGAAGCCGCCCCAUCUCUUACGCUGAGUGGGCAGCCUCAGGGGGUGAAGCUGGCUAUUCAGGUGUCCAACCGAAAUCACUACUGCUACUGCUCCAAGCGGCUCUUGGGGCUGCACUGCCUGAAACGGCGGCAGCUGCGGCAGCUGGGGUAUGUGGUGGUUGAGCUUCCCUUCUGGGAAUGGUUUCCUCUGCUCAAACGCACACGUUUGGAGAAACUGAGCUACCUCCAUUACAAAGUAUUCGACCCGGCGCUGCUUAGCAGGGCUGGCUAGUUGGGUGUAGUGCUUGCUCAGAGGCUGAUGCAGCCUC